GCAUUGCUGCUAUGCCACGUAAAAUUUGCCGGUAGAGGAUUUCCAUCCGCUACAACAUUACACAUAAAAGACACGUAUUUUACAUGGAAAUUUUUUGAACUGACGGAUAUUUGACUGAUUUAUACAAAGUCACGACCUAAAUCAACGAGAAUCACACAGGAUGGGAGGUGCAAAUAGCGUCGAAGUACCAGGAGGAGGCACCGAAGGGUACCAUGUAUUGAGGGUGCAAGAGAAUUCUCCAGGACACAAAGCUGGAUUGGAAGCAUUCUUUGAUUUUGUCAUCGCUAUUGGAAACACAAGACUAGACAAAGAUGAUGACACCCUGAAGCGUCUUCUUACGGAAUACGAGGAGAAGCCUGUGAAGAUGUUGGUUUAUAGCAGCAAGGCAUUGAGUGUUAGGGAGGUUACACUAACACCAAACAACAGAUGGGGUGGUCAAGGUUUGCUCGGUGUCAGCAUCAGGUUUUGUUCAUUUGAAGGUGCUAAUGAGAAUGUCUGGCAUGUCUUGGAUGUGCAACCCAACUCCCCAGCAUCAAUAGCAGGGUUCAGAGCUAAUACAGACUACAUCAUUGGGGCAGACUCGGUGCUUCUGGAGUCAGAAGACUUGUUCUCCUUGAUCGAGUCACACGAGGGCAGGCCACUCAAACUCUACAUGUAUAACGUCGAGACAGACGGGUGUAGAGAGGUCACCAUCACACCUAAUAGGAACUGGGGAGGAGAAGGAAGUAUGGGUUGUGGCAUUGGAUAUGGUUACCUUCAUCGGAUUCCCACAAGGUCAUUCCCUGAAGGUCAGACGAUUGAUAUUAGUGCACAUUUAAAAGCAUCAGCAGCAGCAGGAGAUCAAUCUACAUCAGCUCCACCUGAUGGAUUCUCAGAGGUCUCAUUAGCCUCGACUCCUUCUAAUUCAGUGGCUGGUCUCCAGACCAACCUGGCAGACCUUGCUCUAACACCAGGAGCCACGCCCACUGGUGCCACACCCGCUGGUAUCUCAGCAGCAGCAGGUGUAGCCCCUCCGCUUGCCCAGCCCAACCUGAGUGCAACCGCACCCUCUCCAGUCACACUUGGAGGAGGGACUACGGUUCCCAUGACAACAGGAACACCAUCUUUGUAUCAGAGUCCAGCAGGAGGAAUGGUUCCUCCUCUUAACCUCAAUGUAACACCAGGAGCAUCUCCAUCGGGUGCUUCCAUUCCACCACCACUCUCUGGACCGAUUUCAGGCAUGCUGCCACCAGUGAGUUUAGCCAAUGUGCCAGGCCUACCCAACAUCAAUGUCUCUUUACCGUCGGUCAAUCUCGCUAACUUCCCUGCUCUCAACACAUCAUCCUCCUCGGCAUAUUCACCUAACACAUCUGGUAUCAGCCCCGCCCCAGUGGGAGGUGCAUCACCAGCUCCCAUCUCCCUAGGGGCGUCGCCUGCCCCGGUCUCAAACCUGCCCCCUCCUCCAGCUGUUAGUCUGCCUGGUGGUAUCUCGAUACCGGGGCCAACACCACUACCUACCUUACCGGCAGGCAUUGGGGCGUCGCCUCUGCCAGCAUCAUCAGCACCCUCUUCAUAAGAGAUGGACUCUCAACAUAGACAUUGUAAUGAAAUAUUCUGAUUGGAAUUGUGUUUGUGCUCAUGCUGUAAACAACAUGGAGAGGGAAGGUAUGACUGCAGCCUCAUGCAAGAUAUUCAUCUUCAUGUUUCGCUAAGCAUCCUGACAUCAAGUAUUACUCAAUGAAUAGAUGAAUACAUAGAUUCUAAAUAUGAAAUGUUGCAUGCUUUUAUUUCACUUCUGUUCAGUGAUCGAAUGCUGUAAAAAAAUAGGACAGACUAUAGUGUAGUAUGAAUUCCUACAGCUGUAGUAUGUAAUGUUAAUAGUAACAUGGUUCCAAAUUCACAAAAAGAAUGGUUGAAACCUCUAUAGGUUUUAUACAAGCAUGUCCUAUGUCCAAUGCAAUCCAUCACUCAUAAAUGCAUAGUGAUAUCUUUAUUAGUCUGUGGUGAAUGUGUCACCCAUGAUUCAACCAUGGGUUCAAUUUAAUUGCCCUUGUCAAUUUCGGCAAAAGAGAUUACAUUCCUCGGCACAAGCCUCAUUGAAAAGAAGAAAAUAUCAAACAUUAAUUUGAAUUCAUUUCCUCAAUGUAAACUAUACAUUGAACUUUGACUGUUCAUGUGUAUCAUGCAUGUUACAAACCAGAUUUCUCUGAAGUUGCAAGGGUUACUAAUGUUCAUAAUGUUCAUAAUGUUUUGCCAGGAUCUGUAAUAAAUUUAGCCCAUUUACAUUACCAUCCAACCUUCUUGAUUUCGCUAACACUGUGUUGUGCAGCUCUAACGCACUGUAAAUGGGCUUAAAGUUUCUAAUAGAGAGUGAUAUGAAAGAAUAUUGGCCUAAAUCUAAUAUAUAUUUGGCAGAGAAAGAAUAUAAUUGUAAGUAAUACAGAAUAAUGAUUAAUCUGAGUAAGGGAUAUAUUGAAUAUUGUCAUCGACUACAAAACAUAUUUUGUGAGAGGUGAUGGAGUUUAGAUUAUA